CCGGCGCUGCCCGCGGGAGCCGCUCCGCGCUGCCGCCGCACCACCACCGGCACCUCGGGGAGCGGCGCCUCUGCCAGGCAGAAAAAACUUCCUGCUCCUCCCGCAGCAGCCGCCCAGGUGCCCGCCUGCCCGCCGCCCUGGCGCACCUUUUGCCGGCCCCGGCCAUGUACAGCAUGCUGGAGACGGAGAUCAAGGCGCCGCAGCCCACGCCGGGCAGCACCGGGGGCAACCCCGCUCCGGGGAGCAACGGCAAAGGCGGUGGAGGAGGCGGAGGAGGCAACGGAGCCGGAGCGGGCUCGGACCAGGACCGGGUGAAGCGCCCCAUGAACGCCUUCAUGGUGUGGUCCCGCGGGCAGCGGCGGAAGAUGGCCCAGGAGAACCCCAAGAUGCACAACUCGGAGAUCAGCAAGCGGCUCGGCGCCGACUGGAAGCUGCUGAGCGACGCCGAGAAGCGGCCCUUCAUCGACGAGGCCAAGCGGCUGCGGGCCGUGCACAUGAAGGAGUAUCCGGAUUACAAAUACCGGCCCCGGAGGAAGACCAAGACCUUGCUGAAGAAGGACAAGUACUCGCUGCCUGGCAACCUGCUGGCCCCGGGGGGGGGCAACGCGGUGAGCAGCCCCGUCGGGGUGGGGCAGAGGAUUGACACUUAUGCCCACAUGAACGGCUGGACCAACGGAGCUUACUCACUGAUGCAAGACCAGCUGGGCUACAGCCAGCACCCGGGCAUGAACAGCCCGCAGCUGCAGCAGAUGCACCGCUACGACAUGACGGGCCUGCAGUACAGCCCCAUGAUGUCCACGGCCCAGACCUACAUGAACGCCGCCUCCACCUACAGCAUGUCCCCCGCCGCCUACGGCCAGCAGCCCUCCUCGGCCAUGAGCCUGGGCUCCAUGGGCUCCGUGGUGAAAUCCGAGCCCAGCUCGCCGCCUCCGGCCAUCACUUCCCACUCGCAGAGGGCCUGCCUGGGAGACCUGCGGGAUAUGAUCAGCAUGUACCUGCCCCCCGGGGGGGAUGCCACAGACCCUUCCGCCCUGCAGGGCAGCAGGUUACACAGCGUCCAUCAGCACUACCAGAGUGCCGGGACUGGCGUGAAUGGUACCGUACCACUAACUCACAUAUAAAAACUUGACUGCUCCGGACGGCUCCCCGUCUUAAUCCCUAACCCCACCACCGCUCCCUGACUCCACCGGGACGUACGGCAGUGUUGCUCGGCUUAGCAGACUUAAUACUAACUUUGGAGAAAUUUUAAAAGGAAAUCCGUUAGUUGUGUCCUUUUUUUUUUUUUUUUUUUUUUUUUUUUUUUUUUUUUUUUUUUUUUUUUUUUUUUUUUUUUUUUUUUUUUUUUUUGUACAGGAAAUAAUAUUUGAGCAAGCUGUUAUUUUGAUAGAGCACAACUCCUGCCUCCUAAAAGUCGCUGUGAAGUUUUCAAACCACGGCAACUUCAUUCCUGGUUUCGGCUAGGUUGGGCACUGUUUUAUUCGCUUGAAAGUUUUUAAAAGUUUUGCAUCUUCCAGUUUGAUUUCUAACUUUGCAAUGACAUAAAAAAAACAAAAACCGCGGGCUUUUGUUUUUAAACUCGAUUGUUCACAUAAUCGUUGUGGUUUUAUUAAGUGUUUUGUCACCGACCCUCGCUUGGUUUCUAUUCACAAUCUGUAGCUUUCAUGACUUU